AUGGCUCCCAUCAGCAAGACUCUCGCCAUCGCUGCCACGGCCUUUGCGGCCUUAAGCGCGGCUGCUCCUGGCCACAGCCACGGCCACAAGCACAACCACAAGCGCGACGCGGUUACCGUCUGGGAGACCAAGACCGUCACCACCUGGACCACCAUCGAUGUCACCACCACCAUCCUGCCCGGUCAGCAGGCUCCUCCUAGCACCAUCAUUGAGGAGAGCAUCAACCAUGCCACCGCUCCCGAGCCCGAGCCUGAGCCUGAGACCUCUACCAGCACCACUACCACUACCACCAGCACUAGCACCAGCACUGCUGAGCCUGAGACUUCCACCACUGUUGAGCCUGAGGUCACUGUCCAGACUCCCGAAGUCCAGGUCGUCAAGCCUAGCGUCCCUACUGUCUCCGUGCCCACCGAGAUCCCUAUCCCUACACAAGAGCCUGAGCCUGAGACGACUACCCAGGCUCCCGCCCCAGUUGAGACCUCGACUGUUGAGCCUGUUGCCUCUGCUGGUUCCGGCUCUAGCUCUGGCUCUGGCGGCCCUUGCUCUGCUGGCUCUCCCUGUGUCGGCCAGGUCACCUUCUAUGACACCGCCACCUCCAUGAGCGCACCCAGCAGCUGCGGCCUCGUCAACGAUGGCUCUUCCGAGGACGUUAUCGCUCUGCCCGUCGGCAUCAUGCAGGACAGCGACUGCGGCCGCACCGUCGUCAUCAAGUACAACGGCAAGACCUCCAAGGGUACCGUUGUCGACAAGUGCAUGGGCUGCGACGACACCUCGAUCGACCUGUCGCGCCACUUCUUCAGCCUGCUCGCCUCCUUCGACGCCGGCAGACUCCACGGUGUUGAGUGGUACCUGGAGUAA